AUGAAUGCAGACGCGAGCAACACGAGUGGCAGCGCGAACUACAUCGAGCUGGGUGCGUCCGAAACGACGCUGUACAGGUACCUCACGACGGUGCUGCACCUCGUGCUGCUAGCGAGCAUACUAGGCCUGGUGACUAUGGGCAUAUACUUCCUUCGAACCCCCUGCGAGCAAUGCGAUUACUACAACCGAGUGGUGGCGAUAGCUAUAUGGAUUAAAAGUAUCUGUCACGUGAAUUUAACACUCGUGAGAGUAAAGAAGCGAGACGAAAUAGAGAACAACGAACAGCUGAGAAGUCUGGUGAUAUAUUUAAUCAAGCUAUUUAACUCCUUAACCUUCCUCCUAUUGUUGUUGUCUCUUCACCUGCUCCAUUUUUAUCGAAACAAAUGCACCUUUAGCACUGUGGCUUUGAAGUUCAUAAAACUUUAUUACUAUCUCACGAUCACUUUGUACUUCCUACCCCUCCUGUUUUAUAUUUCCCUGGGAUUAUUCUUGUCCAUAAUUAUUUGUGUCAUAGUUAACUUCUCCGUUGAUGAAAACGAUCGCAUUCCGACGCCAAAAAAUGUGAUAAGUAAAUUGACCGUCUUAAAGUACAGCGAUAUAGACUUUGUGCGUACUGCACAGAAUGAACAGAAAAAAAAAAAAAAAAAAAAAAAAUUAAGAAAACCAUCAUUUGAAGUUAUAUUUGAUAAGGUGAAGAGGGUCAUGCAGAGGAAGGGAAAUACAGAGGAGGAGAAGAAGAGAAAAAAAAAACUUCCAGACUCUUUGACUGUGAAAAAUGCAUCCCCCCUUGUUGAUGACCACUUGAGGGAGAUGUUAAAUCCUCUUAAGAGGAGUAAUGACCCAAAUAAGGAUUAUCACUUUUCCAAUGAAGGGUCCCCGGGGAAAGUGCCCAGCCCUGGCUCGGAGGACGCAUCGAAUGGGGUACACAGUUGGCAGCAUGGGGGGGAGAAUGAUCAGCAGGAUCAUCACGAGAAUGAUCACGAUGAUCAUCACGAGGACGAUGAGGAGAUCUGCUCCAUAUGCAUGAUGAACUACGUGCGCAGCGAUGACGUCAUGAUGAUGCCGUGCGACAAGAGGCACUUCUUCCACGUGGGCUGUCUUACCAAGUGGCUGUACAAAAGCCAAGCGUGCCCCAUCUGCAGGACCAACAUUGUCAGCUGUCUCAACGCGCGGGGUGAAGUCGUUUGA